AGGCUCUGCUGCGCGGACUGAGCCUUUGGUCUGUUCAGCAUGCCGCAAUGCUGUGUCCCUCUCUGUUUCAAUAGAUUUGAGUCCAAAAAAACGACUCGGUUAUCGUUCCACCGCUUUCCUAGCGAUGAGAAGGAGAGGGCGAAAUGGCUGCAGGUGAUAGGGCGUGAAAACUUCACCCCAAACUGCAACUCGAGGGUGUGCAGUUGGCAUUUCCCCAAUGGCAAAGCUGCUGGGCCAACGCGAUUCGCAUGGAACGAGAAGACUUUCCAGGUCAGUGCUUCCGUAUCUGAGAUGUCAUCAGAAGCUGAGUCAUUGGAGGUAAAAAGUGUUGCUGAAGGCAAGGAUGAGGUAAGAGCGCAUAAAGCCAUGACUGACAAACCUGAUGAUGUUGGCCAGCUUCCAAAGAAAUCUGCUCUGCAGCCCCUUAUGCUGUCUCCAGACUUGUUAUCUGGGCAUGGUGAGUUUGGAUGCACUAUCUGUGGUGAAAGAUGCUUCUCUCUGGCCCAGCUGGCCAAGCAUGUACAAUUCCACGAUCGUGACCGGCCAUUUCCAUGCGCCAUCUGUGGCAAGCGCUUCCUGAGUCGCAGCCACCAUGCGGAGCAUCAGCGUGUCCACACCGGCGAGAGGCCGUUCCCCUGCAACCGCUGUGAGCGUGCCUUCACCACCCAUCACAAUCUGAAACGCCACCAGCUCAUCCACGACAAGGAGGAGAUGUACCGCUGCUCCGUGUGUGGGGUGCUCUUCUGCCAGGAGCACCAGCUGGGGAACAUUGGUGGCAUUAUCAGGGUUCUAAAGCAGCACAACAUGGAAGACCUGAUCGAUCCUCAACAGCUUCUAGAACCUGAAUCUGUGCCUGAGGCAGAACCUGCAGUAGAGACUAUACCAAAUCUCAGCCUGAAAACUAUACUUAAAGAAGAGCAAAAUGUCAGGAAAAAGAAGAGAAAGCAUGAAAACCUUCAUUCGGAUGAAGACCACUCCCCUUUUGCUGACAGGGAAGGAAAAAAUAGCCAGCUGUCAUUCCAUUCAGAGGUCCCUCAGAUUCAUACGAGCGAAGAGAAGGAUUUCAGUGAUUUAGUUCGUAGGACAGGCCCAAGGAUACAGAAGAUCGCUUAUGACAUUGAGAUCAUCUUAUAAGUCUGUAUAAAAGAUCAGUUUUUUUCUAAACAUUCUAAAACAACAGCCAGCGUUAGAAUGUUGGUGUUGGGUCUGUGCUGGUUUUUGUACAAGCAAAAUAAAUCCUUAGUAAGGCUAUUGUGAUUUUUGCCACUAGUCAUUUAUUAUUAGGUCCACCUACCUUGUAUCUGCACUCAUUGUGCAUUUUAUCAGGUCUAUUUACCAUAUAGUACUGUCACAGACUGUAGUCCAUCUGUUUGUCUGCAUAAUCUGUUAGCCUUUCUUUACCCCGUUCAGCAAUGGCCAGGACCACCACAGGACGCUGUUGGCUGGGUAUGUUUGGUUGGUAGGCUAAUCUCCUGAGGUAAACUGAGGUAUUUACAAACUCCAGCAGCACUGCUGUGUCUGAUCCAUUCUGUGCAGAACACACACACACACACUACUAUGUCAAUGUCACUGCAGUGCUGAGAGUGAUCCACCACUCAAAUAAUACCUAUUCAGCGGUGGUACCUGUGGUGGUCCUGAAUGUUGAUCAGUGGAGUAAAGCAAGGCUAACAAAGUAUGCAGAGAAACAUAUGGACUUCAGUUUAUAAUUGUAGAACUACAAAGUGCACUUGUAUGGUAAGUGGAGCUGAUACAAUGGACAAUGUGUGCAGAUGGAAAGUAGGUGUACCUAGUACAAGAUGGUUGAAUACAAAUACUGUGUUGUGAAAUGCAUUCAAAUAUACAAAUAUUGUGAAAUGCAUUCAGUAACACUUUUUUGUAACUUUUGUCAUUCUUUUUUCUAACGUGAUCAUGAAAUCAAUUCUUUGAUUUUUACUUUUCUACUUUAUAUUGUCAACUUAAUCUUUUUCCCUCCAGUCAUUUUAGUUUUUCCCUGACACCAUGUAAUUGCCUUUAUUUUCUAGUGCGUAUAACUUAGUAUGAUUCUUAGAACUUUUUAAAGUUAUAUCUGACAAAUACUUUGCUCAGCUACUGAAACUGAGAUUUUUUUUCUGAGAAGUUUCUUUUUUUCCUUCACUGAAAGUAUGUUUACU